UUCAGGUAGCUCAGCUGGUUAGAGCAAAGGACUGAAAAUCCUUGUGUCAGUGGUUCGAAUCCACUUCUAAGCGGGCGAA